AUGCUGAUGCGACAUGGUCUACUGCUACUUGUGGAGAUCUCGUUCGCAACAGCCUUUCGCCCGUCGCUGUUGGCCCGCGGCAAUGCCUCCGUUGCGGAAGUGCUGCCACCGCCAGCACCUCCAGUGGCACCGCCUUGUGUAGUUUGCAUCAAGUCGGCUUCGCAUUCGACGCCUUUUCAGUCUGCCACGGUGAUCCAGACCCCCCGAAAAUUGCAGCCCACGCUGGAGAAUCUUCGGCGGAUGCUCGAGCUCGGUGCCUUCACCUUGGCAUGCUUCUGUGUUCUGCAGUGGAGGGGUUCAGCGACGACGACCAGUCAGCCCAUUCAAAGUCCGCACCUUGACCUCGAUGCCUCGCUCACCGUCUGUGGUGUGGGCCGGUACCAGCUGACCAUUGUGCUGGCCAUCAUGCUCGCUUGGAUGGCUGAUGGUGCGGAGAAUGUGCUGCUUCACAACAUGUCCCCGCACCUGGUAGAUGCACUGGAUACAGACGAGAUCAGCUUGGCCGACCUGCGCAUCUUCUGCCACAUCGCCAUGGCGUGCUCAGCAUUCCUCAGUGGGUCCUGCGCAGACAGCUUCGGUCGGCGUCCUGUCUUCUGUAUCUCAUGUCUUCUGGCUGCCACGUUCUCAUUGCUUUCCAUCUUUGCACCUGUUUUUUGGAUAUUCUGCCUUUGUCGCGUUCUGACCGGCGUCGGCUUGGGGGCCCUCGUCGGGACGGAUGUAGCACUGCUUUGUGAGUUCUUGCCCGUGUCCAAGCGAGAGUGGGUGGUCCCGUUCCUGUACGUGGGAUAUGUUGUGGGACGACUCUACGCAGACUUCUGCACUGCCAAAGUCUACCUGCUGUUGGGAACUGGUGCCCCAUUCCUUCUUUGCAGUGUGCCACUGGUGCUUUCUUGCCUUCUGCGCUUCGGCCUGCACGAGACGCCCCAGGCCCUCCUUGCACGAGGCUUAGUCGGCCACGCCAAGUUUGUUCUCACGGCAGUGGCUCAGACAAACGAGAGUGCCAGGAGCACCUCCUGCGUCAUCACUGGUGGCCGACCAGUGAAGCAACACCAGGGUCUGGACUUCCGAAAUUGCCUCAAUGCUGGCUUCCUGGCUGCCGUCCGACAGAACCACCUGGAGCGAGUGUUGGCUGUCUCCAUCUUGGCCGUGGCAGUGGCACUUGGGAGGCUCCUGGAUUCCGUCACGCCCGAGCUCGAGGCGCACUUCAACCUGCACGGCAACUCUUUUUCCAGUCCGGUGUGGUUCGCUGUUCUGACCUGUUUGUGGUGUGCCUUGAGCAUCGGGAUGAUGCAGACGGGCUUCCUGGCCUGGGACAUCUUCAUUGGAGGUUGCCUCAUCUCGCAAGGAGUGUUGCUGGCCUUCUCUUAUCUUUGGCAGAUCGCGUCGCCGGGCUGGAAGAGCUUCAAUUUGCUCCUUGCUGCGUGGGCCAUCGCUGAGGGCAUGACGAGUACGCCGUUCUACGCCAUCUGUGUCCGGAUGUUCCCAGAGAAUGCGCGUGCGACUUCCAUGGGACUUGUGGACGCCUUUUUCAGAUCAGUCGUGGCACUUCAACCCUUUCUUGCAGCGGACCUUCUCAGCAACCUUGGGACAGCUCUGACGGCUGCUGUGCUGGGGGCUUGCUGGCUCUUGGCGGCGGCUUUGGCUCUGCUUCUGCGCCGCCUCUGGGAGGCCUCGGCCGAGGGACGCCGAGGGACGCCGAGGGACGUAGGACGCAGAUUUCAGACGCAGAUGGACGCGCACGCGCCGCGGGGGGCCUCUUCUGUCAGGCCUGACUUGCGCGAGCAGCUGAGCUCAUUCACGUUCGGACCAAGCGGGCGCUUGGCUUUCUACGAUGUUCUAUGCAGUGCAGAGAGCUUCGCGAGCUUCACAGGUGCCGGCCUCCCGAGCUGGGAGAGUCUGGCGCGGAUCCGGGAGUCCGAGGCCUUGAAGCAAAUCGCUUCGGAACUGCCGACGGCCAACCUUGAUCUCAAUGCACCGAGCCCACACCUGCAGGCGGCCGGCUUGUUAGAGAAGCUCACGGAGCCCAAGAGCCAAGGCGAUAGCCACUUCAGGCUGCUUCUCGAAGAUCCCGGCCGGUAUGAGCUGCAUCCACAGCUUGCACCGAUGGUACUAAGGGCGUUUUACCGAUCUUGGCCAGCGCGCCAGGAGACCGGGGUGCAUGGUAACUUCGAGGAUCUUGCUACGGCUGUGAAGAUCAUGUUGUCAGGCAUUGACCAGUUGGCCCUCCUAGCGCUGGAGAGCACAGGGAGCCGCAUCGCAAUGGAGCUGGACGUCGUCAUCGUAGGCAAUGGGCCCAGCGGCUUGGCUGUCGCCUCGGCGCUGAGUGGCUUGGUGCCGCAGGUUGCCGUGGCUGCGAAGCGCAUUUCGGACCCUGCGGCCCGGAUCCAAGUGGCCGUUGCACACGCGGCCGCGAAGCUCUCCGGCAAAACUCUUGACGAGGUUCGCUUGGACACCCUGGCUGCAGGGAUCCAGCGACGCUGCCUAAACCCCACGGUACCCGGCCAGUUCUUGUGGGCCUUGCGGGACUCCGACAAGACAGCUCUGAAUGCCCGCGUGGACGAGAAGAUGGCCCAAAUCGAGGCUUCCAUCUGGCAUACGGCCUCGCGGUGCCUGGUACAUGUGAACUUCGCUUCCUUGCUCGUGGCCACAGUGGACUACCAAAUCGAUCCUGGCUUCACGCGCUUGAUCUUUGUCGCGGCUCUUGCUGUCCUGAACAUCCUCUACUUGCGGGGUGCAGUAGAAACACUGGAGCAGACUCGAACCCGAAUUCGCAGCGUUUGCGUGGCGAUCCACUGCAUUGUCGUCCUAGUUACUGCCUCCUGUGCUUGGGAAAGCAAGGAGGAUUACCUGGGACGCUCCGGCAUCUGCGAAAUUGGUCAGAUUGUCAUAGCUUUGGUCUUCCCGAUGCAGAGGAUAACGUCAGCUUUCGUGGUGGCAUUUCUCGCAGCACAUGUGUUUGCUGCACUCGGUGCCUGUGGCCCAUCUGCUAUCACCGGCUGGUUUGUCGUGCAACAACUCGUGCAGAUUGGUGUGGUGGUGUCGGUGCCGGUCGUCAUGCGGAGUGUUGUGCGAGAACAUGUCAAAGCAUCCUGCGACUCGCAAGACUCCGAUUCGCUUGCGACGGCAUUGUCUUACGUGCUGAAGGGUGUUUCAGACGGACAUGUUCUCUUAGACUGCAACUUCAAGAUUUGCGGAGAUGCCAGCUGCCUGCAGCGACUGCUCAGAACGCAUGACAACUUCAGCGGACGCAGUUUUGUGGAUCUGGUGGCCGGGGCUCCGUCGCAAAAGCCGUUUGCCAAGUUCCUCGCUGAAGGCGGAGAAGUUGAGGCCAAGGGUGGCAUGCCACAUUGCGCACGGGUGCAUCUGUUAGACGGAUCGGGCGAGCACGUGCCGGUAGAUAUCGUUCAUGCAGUGGUGCCCGAGCUCUAUGGCACCGGCCGCACCGCGACCCACCACGUGCUAGUCAUCAAAGAGGAUUCCGAGGCCCGAGCGUCUCCGUCUCAGAGUCCGGUCUGGGAAGACUUGCCCAACAGGCAAGACAUCCGGAAAGAAGCGAUAGCAAGCAACCAGAGAACGAGAGAAGAGAUCCUCCAUCCUCUCCGUGAGAUUUCCGAGAUGACUCUGCUGGUCAAUGCUGGCACGGAGCUCAUCGAGAUAGAACAAGCCGUGAUGCAAUAUGCUCCGAAUGAUGAAGAAGAUGCCACAACGCUUGGAGUGCCGAACUUGCAUGACUGGACGUGCCCGUCGGAAUGGCAUGCAGUCAAAUCCAAGCUCCAUCAAGUCGCUCGUGCUGUAGGUCAGUCUCAGUCCCGACGGCCCAAAUCAGCAACGCUGCCAUCCAUGUCACUGCAUCUUCCAGGCGACGUCUACCUGCGAGCAAGGAGUGUUUCAAUCAAGCCUGCUUGCACGGGCAUCGUCCAAGAACAGGAACCUGCCCUUCUGUACUUGCACCUCUGCAAGUUCAACAAUUACCGCCAAAGGCGGUUGACGGAGUCUCAAAUCCAGGGACAAGCCGAAGCUGCUGCGUUGGUCGAUGCUUUGCGAUAUCCAGAAGGCGAUGGCCGCGGCCGUUCGCUCCUGCGCUCCACCAAGCAGCCGGCCCUACGGCAUGCGGUGAUCGGCUGCAGUGCACCAGGGGGCAGCUGGCAGUCCAUGUCUCCUUCCACCGUGACACUAUCUCCAGGCUCAUGGAUGGACCUUCCAGGCUAUUCCCUGGAAGAGCAUCUGAAAAGCAACAGCUCGAAGGAGGCACGUCAAUUGCUCCAGAAAGUGAGUGCAGAGGCCCUCGCAGCUUCGCGCGUGCCGCGGUGGCUUGUGGCAGAAUACUAUGUCGAAUAUGCACGCAGAUUACCGUCCUCUUUCAUCAAUGGGAACGUGACGGACAUGGUGCCGGAGGGAGACUCGUGGAUUUGCGACAAGGUGAAAAAUGUUGGAUGUAGUUACCACGAUCUCACAGGGCCCGUCUACGAGUCUGCACCGAGGCCUUGGAACUUCACGUGCGUAGGUGUCAGCUACGUCAGCUUUCUUGGUGCGUGUCAGACUCAUGGAGGCAUCAGCGUGGCGGACUCCUGUGGUCCCAAGCUUGAGGUCAAGGACAUCGAAGACCUCCGUGGCCGACCACCAGGGAUGCAGGGCCCUUGUGAUCCCGUCAGCGCUAUCAAGAACCGAAUCAAGGACGAGCGACGCAUCUCCGUGUUUCGGCAGCAGCUCCUGCAUGGUAGCAGGGUCCUCUCCGAAGACACGGAGUGGGAAGAAGUUGAAGCUUUUCACGAGAUACAGAUUAUCUUCAUGGACUACGUGGAGGAUUACACAUCGAAGCUUCUAGCAGCGGCUGCUGCAGGCGAUGCCAAAGAGGUUGCCGCCAAAUUGCUCAACUUCCAGACGCCCGACGCUGCAGAUGAGCGUGGGGAAACAGCGGCGUGGAAGGCCAGUCGGGGCGGUAAUUUGGCCGUCCUCGAGACUUUGAGGCACGCCUGCGCAGAUUUUGACAAGCCAGAUGAUGACGGGGUCACGCCUCUGCACAUCGCCUCGAGAUACGGGCAAGUGGAGUCCAUGCGCUUGCUGAUCGACUGUGGGGCGGACGUGAAUGCUGUGUCCCGAGACGAUGUGGCGCCACUGCACAGCGCUGCCCAAAACGGGCAGCAGGAGGUGUUGCUGUGCCUCAUCGGAGUUGGUGCCGAUGUCAACAUCACAGGACCACACGGCGAGACACCGCUCUUCAUUGCCGCGGAGUAUGGCAGACUGGAGAUCGUCCGGUUGCUCGUGAAUGCUGGUGCGCAGAAGAACCAAGCUGCGAGUGACGGCGAGACGCCACUACUCAUUGCAGCCGUCAACAACCAGUGGCCCAUCUUCCGAUACUUGGUGGAGCACGCCGCGGAUGUGCAGCUGGCAGCUUUGGACGGGACCACUCCCCUCUCUAUCGCAACGCAGAGCGGAUCGCUAGAAGACGCGCGUCUUUUGGUGGCUGCAGAAGCAGACGUCGAAGGCAGCGUCUGUGGCGGAACACUGCUGUCCAUGGCAGCCAAGCAUGGGCAGCUGGACAUGGUUCAAUUUUUGGUGCAGGCCAGGGCUGACAAGGACAAAGUGGGCAAGCAUGGGGCGACUCCGUUGUCGGUCGCAGCCAAGUAUGACCAGCUUAGCUCGGUUCAGUACCUCAUCGAAGCUGGUGCCGACAAGGACAAGAUCGGUCUUCAUGGAGCCAGCCCGCUGUUCAUUGCUGCCAAGUACGGUCAGGUGGAGAUGGUUCGCUUCUUGAUCGAUGCCCGUGCCAACAAGGACCACGCCGGUCCGAGUGGAAUCACGCCACUUCAAGUCGCAGUUCGGAGCGGCGUGGCCGACACUGUUUCGGUCCUGGUGGAGUCAUCAGUGGAGCUGGACAGGCCGGGGCUUCAUGGCGCCACAGCGCUGUUCAGUGCUGCCCAAGAUGGGCACCUGAGGAUUGUGCGUUGUUUGGUCCAGGCCAAGGCUGACUUAAAUGCACCGGCAGAGGAUGGUGCCACGCCCCUUUUCAUCGCGGCCCAAAGUGGCCACUUGCAGACGGUCGCAUUUCUUGCCAAAGCAUCGGCCGACCUGAAUAGGGUUGGACAGCACGGCGCGACCGCUUUGUUUAUUGCGGUGCUUAGUGGAGAGCUGGAGAUGGUCCAGUGUUUAGUGGAGCUACGGUCCAGCCUGGAUGUGGCAGGCAAAGAUGGUGCCACGCCCCUGUUCGUAGCUGCCCAAGAGGGGCAGCUCGAGAUGGUGCAAUGCCUGUGCCAAGCAGGUGCUGACACCGAGCGACUGGCUGCAAAUGGCCAGUCUGCUUUGGAUGCUGCAGCCAAUGCAGUGGUACUGGCCAUGGGCACUGCGGACCUUCCCGAGACAUUGGGCAUUCCAGGUGAAGAUUUGGCCUGGGUCACGCACCGUCCUCCCAUUCAUUCUCCGGUUCUCAUGGAGAAGAUAGGUCACCUGUUAGUGGUGGGUGCCGGCCUGAGUGCGGCCGAUGCCAUCCUGCACGCACUUCGCCGAGGCAAGGUGCGGAUCACCCACGUGUUUCGCGGAAAGGCGCCGAGCACAAAGGUCGGGAAAAUGUUCGGCACUCACACGGGGAACGGAAUGUACGAGGAGGAGGAGUGGCUCGCGCAGCUCAUGACUGGAGCAGUUCAAGACGAGCGCUACACGCCUUUGGCAGAGUCGGAGCUCCUGGAAGUCCAGGACGACGGGAGCUGCCGAGUGCGUGGACCAACGCAAGAGCUGCUUUACGUUUCUGAUGUUUCCGUCGUAGCACUUCUGCUUGGAUCCACGCCGCAGCUGAGCUGGCUACCGGCGUCUUUGCGCCGUGCCGCCUUGGAACGCCCAAGAGCUCCGAAGCACCGCACGGACGGUCAGCUGAGCAGUCACCCGCAGUUCUUGGCGAUAGACAAGGCGACCUUCCAGCUGGCUGACGCGGAGACGGGGAAGGUGCUUUCCCCGAGCGUCUUCGACACUCGGACACUUUCGAAUGAGUGCAGGGGGGGUCUGCUUGUGUCUUGCGAUACUCUUCAUUGUGGCAUUCACCUAUAUGCUAGUCCCUAG